CAGACUGCGCGCACGGGAGCGGAGCGGAGCGGUUCUCCGCGGCAUCAGCAUGAACUGUGCGCUGUUGGAAGCCUCCGACAUGGAACCCACAGAGAGCUGGAUUGAAAGGUGCCUGAACGAGAGUGAAAGUAAACAGUUUCCAAACCACAACCCUCUGGGAAACGUGUCCAUCGGCGAGGAGCACGAAGAAAAGGAGAACAACCGUGCAUCGAAGCCACACUCCACCCCGGCCACCCUGCAGUGGCUGGAGGAGAACUAUGAGAUAGCGGAAGGUGUCUGUAUCCCACGCAGUGCCCUGUACAUGCACUACCUGGACUUCUGUGAGAAGAAUGACACGCAGCCUGUCAACGCCGCAAGUUUUGGGAAGAUAAUUCGACAACAAUUUCCACAACUAACGACAAGAAGAUUAGGAACAAGAGGUCAGUCAAAGUAUCACUACUAUGGGGUAGCAGUGAAGGAGAGCUCCCCAUAUUACGACGUGAUGUAUUCCAAGAAAGGAGCUGCCUGGGUGAAUGAGACGGGCAAGAAAGAGGUGGCGAAGCAGACGGUGGCCUACUCCCCCCGCUCCAAGCUGGGCACCCUGCUGCCAGAGUUCCCAAACGUCAAAGAUCUAAACUUGCCAGCCAGCCUGUCGGAGGAGAAGGUUUCCACCUUCAUUAUGAUGUAUCGGACUCACUGCCAGAGGAUCCUGGACACAGUGAUCAGGGCAAACUUUGAUGAGGUUCAGAGUUUCCUGCUUCACUUCUGGCAGGGGAUGCCCCCACACAUGCUGCCCGUCCUGGGCUCAGUCACUGUGGUCAACAUUGUUGGUGUUUGUGACUCCAUCCUCUACAAAGCCAUCUCCGGGGUUCUGAUGCCCAGUGUGCUGCAGGCAUUACCAGACAGUCUCACCCAGGUGAUUCGCAAAUUCGCCAAACAGCUGGAUGAGUGGCUGAAGGUUGCUCUUCAUGAACUUCCAGAGAACUUAAGGAACAUCAAGUUUGAGUUGGCGAGAAGAUUUUCACAAGUUCUGCGACGCCAAACCUCCUUAAAUCACUUGUGCCAGGCAUCGCGAGCGGUGAUCCACAGCGCUGACAUCACCUUCCAGAUGUUGGAGGACUGGCGCAGUGUGGACCUGAGCAGCAUCAGCAAGCAGACCCUCUACACCAUGGAGAGCUCCCAGGAGCAGCACCAGAAACUCAUCAUCAAAUUGUAUCAGGAAUUCGACCAACUCCUGGAGGAACAAUCGCCCAUCGAAUCCUACAUCGAGUGGCUAGAUUCCAUGGUGGACAGAUGUGUUGUCAAGGUGGCAGCAGCACGUCCGGGCAGCCUGAAGAAGGUGGCGAGGCAGUUCCUGCUGAUGUGGUCCUGCUUUGGGACGAGGGUCAUCCGGGACAUGACUCUGCACAGCGCUCCAAGCUUCGGUUCCUUCCACCUGAUCCACUUGACGUUUGAUGACUACGUACUCUAUCUGCUGGAGUCCCUCCACUGUCAGGAGAGAGCCAAUGAGCUCAUGAGGUCCAUGAAGGGAGAAGGUUGCACAGCGGAUCGACAGGAAGAAGCAGCACAGUCCGAUCACAGCCCUCCGAGACAAUCCCCUCCACCCUUCUCUCCAGACAAAUCCGUCACUGCCGAAAUCCAACCGACCUCGCCCGUCAACAACCAGUCUCCCGAGUACACUGGCGUUACAACAGCAGGAGCCGUGCAGUCCUACACCUGGUCACUGACAUACACCGUGACGACCGGAUCUGCUCCUCCAGAGAGCCCACAGCAGCUGCCCUGCAUGAGGAGCGACCCAGUGCCUCCCGUGUCCACAACACACAGGAUGGCGGGCUACACAGACAGAGAGCAGCACGGGUACACAGGAGGGUACAACUAUGGUAGCUACAGCAAUCAGCCCCCACUUCCCAUCCAGAAUCAGUACCCAGCCCUAACACACGAGACCCUCUCUUCGCCACUGCCGUACUCCGCUUACCACAGGAGUGGAUCACAGUAUCCCUUCAACGGGCAGAGCACACGGAUGGAGCCCUGCCUGAUGAGCAGCAGCCCCAGCUUCAGACCACAGCCUGACCCCGCGCUGGACCGCAUGCCCUCGGCCAACACCUGCUAUGCCAGUGCCUCCAUGCACUCUGCACGGUACGGGAGCGCGGCUGAGAUGUACACCCCGCUGGCUCCCCGCAGGAGUGCUGAGUACGAACACACACAGCAUUUCCCCGGCUUUGCCUACAUCAACGGGGAGGCAUCCACAGGCUGGGCCAAGUAGUCUGAGGGGAAUAGUUGACUGCGCCUAGACCUAAUGUCUCCACUGGGGAACGGCCACUGGAAAACUGCUCAAAGAAAGCAAGACCACUUCUCCCGCUGGCCCCUGAAGGAUUGAAGAGGAUGCUCCAAACAGGAAUCUCUCCUUGCUUCCCAGAGACCCUGCCUUGAGUUUGAGGGAAGUCGCAACCUGUAAACGAGAUGCUCUACACUGGGAGCUGCCUAUACAGAUCAUUGUCUAUCUCAUCCUCAAUCUUCUGGAACCUCUCUGGAAUUUCCAACAUGUCUGAAGUGGAAGUCUAGGGGGAAUCUGAUCAGCUCCACACUGAGUGAUGGGGAGCAAUGUUCGUCCCCACCUUGGGCCAUGUUGUAUUUCCUACUCUCCAUCAGCUGCCUGCCACAUCAUAGGAGUUUCCUCCCCAGAUCUAUUCCCAGGGCACAGCAGGUACCACCAGCUGGCUCCAAACCCUGGUCAUGGACGGAGAGGUUUCACAGGAGACUGGAGCAUCAAGGAAUCUGCUGGUGGAACUCAGCAGGUUGAGCAGCAUCUGUGGGAGGAAAGGAAUUGUCGAUGUUUCGGGUCAAGACCCUGCUUUAGAAGUUGCACCACACGUAAGACCCAGUGACCAGGACUGGCUGACCUGCUGAUAACUGUAGGGAGUGCUCAGCUUUACCUGAUGCCCAGGAGCCUUUUGAACUGGUAGGACCAUUGCAGAUUGGUGCACCUGUCUUUAUCUCCUGAAGGCCAGCAGUAUUCCCUCCUGAUCUGGGACCUGUGCUGCACUACACCACUGCAACAAGAGGUACAGUACUGUGAGGAGUGGAGAAUUUCACUUCUUUACAUAGCAACAGGAACCCUUCAGAUACUCAGAGCUGUGCCUUAGAAACUAUGUUGUGUUUGUGGUGAAAAUGCUGAUCUAAUUUUCUCUUGUACCUUGACAGACCAGCUUGUUGAAUAACUUGUCUCUAGCCCGUCCCUUAGUGUGCACCUGUACACUGGUUAAUUAACAUAGUUCUUUCCUUGUAUUGUUUUGCAAUUACAAAAUGCACUCAGCAGGUUAUAUGGACAUAUUACCCUAUGGGUAAGGAGGAUAAUUGAAAAAUAACACAAGAAACCCUAGUUUUUUUGUAAAUGAAAGCACUGCUAGCACUGUGUGUGGUAACUAUGACUGUGCAUAAAUCUGAAGUACAUAGUAUUAUUUGUACAGAUGUCCAAGAUAUAUG